GGCAGGAUGCACGAGGAGACAGUGGGGCUGAUAAAAGGAUAAAACAACUGAGAAACACCAAGCUAGCGCACUACAUCGUAUGAAAAAUAAACACUUAGCUCUUUACAUUACGGCAACUCACAGAAAAAAAGCAAACCUGUAAACACAGAGCAGUACACACGUCUAACACAGAGGGGAAUAAACACAAAUACCAGCUCUGCUCAACACAUACAACAACGUAGAGAAAUCUGAGUACAACACUUCAGCUCAAAGAUCUGUUCUGUUCCAAGUUCUUCUUCUCCACUCCGGCUGAUGUGGACUGAUUCAGAGUUGGGCCAUCAUGAUCCCAGUGAACUUUCUGGUCACUCAUUGGCUGAUCAACUUAAUACCAGCAGCAUCAUGUCGGUGAAUCCUCCGAGCAGCAAUGACGCCUGCCUCAGCAUCGUCCACAGCCUCAUGUGCCACCGGCAGGGCGGAGAGAACGAGGGCUUCGCCAAGCGUGCCAUCGAGAGCCUGGUGAAGAAGCUGAAGGAGAAGAAAGACGAGCUGGACUCGCUCAUCACCGCCAUCACCACCAACGGUGUACAUCCCAGCAAGUGUGUCACCAUCCAGAGGACGCUGGACGGACGGCUGCAGGUGGCAGGAAGGAAAGGUUUCCCUCACGUGAUUUAUGCUCGGCUGUGGCGCUGGCCCGACCUCCACAAAAAUGAACUCAAGCACGUCAAGUUCUGCCAGUACGCCUUCGACCUGAAGUACGACAACGUGUGCGUCAACCCCUACCAUUAUGAGAGGGUGGUGUCACCAGGCAUCAUUGGUCUCAGCCUUCAAAAUACAGCACCACCAGGCGGGCUGAUCAAAGAAGAAUACAUCCAUGACUGUAUACAGAUGGACCUCCCACCUGGCAUGCCUCUGUCUGACCACCAAGUGGCCCUGAAGCUGCCUCCUCCAGACCACUACGGCCAGCCCCUGCCCCCUCCACAGCUGUCCUCUGAGCCCCAUGGACCCCCACCUGUCACCAGAUACACUAACCUGCCUGUCUCACCCAAAGUGUCUGGCUCCGGCUCCAUGCUGCCACUGCAGGCCGGUCACAGUGACAGCCGCCUCCAGACCGCAUCUCCGCAAGCUCAAGUCAUGACUCCAGUACCACGUCCCCCAACCCCAACCCAAACCCCUCCUCAGCAACAGGGUCCCCAACAACCCCAGCAGCCCCCACACCCACAACAACCCUCCCUACCUCCUCCUCACGGCCACGUGCAGAACGGGUACAGCAGCAAUAAACACUCUCAGAGUCAGGCUGCCUUCCACACAGUUUGGACAGGCAGCAGCACAGCCUCCUACGCUCCAAUAGGACCCCCCCUGCAGAAUGGACGUGGUCACCAACAACCUCCCCUCCAUCAUCCAAACCACCACUGGUCGCAGCAUCACGGUUCAACCUCUUUCCCUCCUUCUGUGUCCAAUCAUCCAGGACCAGAGUUUUGGUGCUCUAUCUCCUACUUUGAGAUGGACGUUCAGGUGGGUGAGAUGUUUAAGGUGCCCUCCAGCUGCCCUAUAGUGACUGUGGACGGUUAUGUCGACCCAUCAGGAGGCGAUCGCUUCUGCCUAGGCCAGCUGAGUAACGUCCACCGCACAGACGCCAGUGAAAGAGCCAGGCUACACAUAGGUAAAGGGGUGCAGCUGGAGUGUCGUGGAGAGGGUGACGUGUGGAUGCGCUGUAUGAGUGACCACGCUGUGUUUGUACAGAGCUACUACCUCGACAGAGAGGCGGGCCGAGCACCAGGUGAUGCUGUGCACAAGAUCUACCCCGGAGCCUACAUCAAGGUGUUUGACCUGCGGCAGUGCCACAGACAGAUGCAGCAGCAGGCAGCGACGGCUCAGGCUGCAGCUGCUGCUCAGGCUGCUGCUGUGGCGGGAAACAUUCCUGGUCCAGGCAGCGUCGGAGGCAUCGCACCUGCAGUUAGUCUGUCUGCAGCAGCAGGGAUCGGCGUGGACGACCUGAGGCGACUGUGUAUCCUGCGGCUCAGCUUCGUGAAGGGCUGGGGGCCUGACUACCCCCGACAGAGCAUCAAACACACCCCCUGCUGGGUGGAGGUCCACCUGCACCGCGCUCUGCAGCUUCUGGAUGAGGUGUUGCACACUAUGCCUUUGGCAGAUCCAGGGCCUGCUAACUGAGGAUGAACACCAUGUUCAAAUUCCAAUCUGGAUCCUAUGAAUGUGCGCUCACACACACACACACACACAUACACACACACACACACACACACACACACUUGAAUAUUUCUGCUUCAGGCCAAAUAUACUAUCUAAUUGAUACACAAAGGAAACCAAUCAAGACACACAGAAAUCAUAAAUGACCAACGACACAUUAUGCUUGUAACAAUCAAUGUACACAUCACACACACACACACAUAUGCACACGCACACUCUAACCAAAACGUCUGUGGCCAGGCAGACAUAAAACUGCUGAUGUCUUGGGGAUUUUUCUAAUGCUUUACUCUCUACAAUCUCAACUCCAACAUGAGGGAGUUGGAUCUCUGAAGGUAAAGAUUUUGACUUUGUGUUCUGACCAGUUUGUCUCUGUCCUAAAGACAUUUGUAUGCACUGUAGAAUUCCAGGGAUGUUUCAGAAAUCCAGUUCCCCUAUAUGCACUUUGGAUUUCUUCUCAUUGUAGAAGCAUCGUGCACAUUCAUUAACGGAACACACACAGACGUGUAGAAAUCAUGCAUGAUUCAGCUGCAACAAGCUGCAGCUGAACAUCCAGGAGUCAAAAACACUCUAGAUAACUUAACUGCAUACCUCUGGAACAUGCUGUCAGUAAACCCACAGCAUGACAGCUCUCUGUACGUCUUAUGAACAGAACUGAUGUAUAAAUAUGGAUUAGGGAUCCAGUGUUAUGUCAUCUCUGUGCUCGUACUGUGCUUUUCACUGUCUGUUGAUUGAAAACCCAAAACUGUUAGCACCAAUAGCUCGUUAGCUCCCUUAUUAUACGCUCAGCUCAAGUUCUGUUAUUUUUAUACCAAAAAGACUAAAACGCCAAAAAAAAAUUUAGCUUUAAAGUAGUGUUGUCGUUCUUUGUAAUGAAACAGUGCUACCCUGUAUGUAACCAAAUGGUUGGUGCAAAUCACCAAAGCCAGAAUACCUCAUAACAACAGUGCAUAGCUCUAAACCGCACACACACACACACACACACACACACACACACACACACACACACACACACACACGCACACACACACACACACACACACACACACACACACACACACACACACACACACACACACACACUCUCUCUCUUCAUCGCUGACAGGCUGCUCAAGUUAGGAGGAGUCAUUCAAACAUAUAGAAAGUCAUUACUUGCAGUGCUGGGUACAUGAACUGCUAUCUCUUACUUUGGAAUAUUAGUUACACUCUACAGUUUUACAGAAUUAUGAACGGUUACAGGAAUGACGGUUACAGGAAAGAUGGUUACAGGAGAGACGGUUACAGGAAAGAUGGUUACAGGAGAGACGGUUACAGGAAUAAGCGUUACAGGAGAGACAGUUACAGGAACUUGUUAUGGUUGUACAGUAAAACAGCCAGCAGUCAAUCCAGAGACAGAAGCCUGAGAUCCCCAAUGAUAAGACCCGUGCAGGUGGCACCAGUACCUUCUGUUCUCCUGGAUAUCAUCUGUGAUAUCUUCUAGCAUUCCAGGCCUGGUCCUAGCAGUUUAUUGGAACUCUGCUUCUGCCACUAGCUGUGUGUGUUUUGUCAUCAAAGAAUAGGGCCCUGCUCUUUAAUACAGGUUUAACUAAUCCAGGAUAAACAGAUCCUCUGAAUUCUCAAUAAACUAAGUGGCUUUAAAAAGAAGGCAACAUGAGUAGAGAGUUGAAAGCAUCAUCAGUAUUUAUAUGAUUGGCUGAGCACUGAUCAUAUGAUUGUAGUUACAUGAGGCAGGUAGGUUGGGAAGCCUCCCAGCAUGCAUUUUGUGUGUUCUUCCAUUAUUAUUAGCGGUGCUAUUUUGUUCUACAUUGUGCUCUAUCAUGUUUCCAGUGUCCACACUUCAGUUCUAAUAUACAAUCAGUUAUUUGUGUGUUCAGACAGAUUUGCUUUGUACAUUGAUAAAACCCUGCAGUAUGUGCAUAAUGUUUGCUUUUUAUGAUAGAUUCAAAUGACAAGUUGCUAUCAUAAUGUCAUAGUUUAAUGUCAGGUUUCCUGUUUACAAUGGUCACAAUGUUUGAAUUGAGCCCAUUUCUUUCAUUUUUAAGAGUAUUAUAUUUACUUAGUUGAAUAUUUUGUGUUGAGCAAAAGUAACAAACACACAGCUGAACAUGACUGAAGGUUUAAGGAGAACCACAAACAUCAGUGUCAUUUUAGGGUAGAAAUGACUCUUAUCUGUUCUGACAACAUGUGGAUAUAGUUGGUUAAGCAGAAGUCAUAUAUAGAAGAGACAACAGACAAUAAAAAGACAAUAUAAAGGAGGUGUAAGAGUAUGAUAAAGCCAAUAGUCAAUAGAGUUGAUUAUAAAGUGCAAAAUAACAUGAUUUAGCUCUCCUGUCCUGCUCUCAUGUUCACAGUAAAUAAUAACAUGAUAAAAUAUACAACAAAAUAAAAUCAGUGCACUUCAAGAAGAAUCAGUUAAACUAUGUUAAGAAGAGUGUCACUGCAUUGUAAGAGUAUGUCAGAGCUUUAGCCCUUCUGUAGCCUUACUGCCAUCCCAGCCAAUCAGCAGUCAGCCAAUCAUAUCAGUUCUUUUCUCUCUCUACAUAUGUUGCCUUUAUAGCAAAAAAGGAGCACACUAUAAUCCAAGAUUAUUUUAUCUGGGUGAGAUUAAAUGUAGUCUGGAUUAGUUGAACAAUCCAAUCAAUUUCUUUUUUUAAAAUAGUUUCUUUAUUGACACUUUGCAUCCAUAAAACAUGGCCUUAUAAAAUAUACAGGUAUUGUAUACAAUUAUCAUUAGUUCAAGAAUGUUGUAUGUCUGUUUUUUUUAAUGAAAUAGAAAUAAAAAUCAAACAAACAGUAAAACAAAAUAAACAAACAGGUAAAAAACUAGAACAAUCCAAGAAAUGCAUUCCUAGCUGAGAUUUCAGCGGUCACACUUCCUCAAAUGAAAAGUGGAUAUCUUUCACAGUCUGUCUUGUUAGGACAAAACACCCUGUGUGUGUCUCCACUAACAGUGUCUACCUUCCAGUAGAUGAAUGAAGGUUUGUUGCCAGAGCAAAAAACAUGAACAGUAAACCCUACAUAUGAUGAAAAAACACCCACUGGAUGUGUCUAACUCAGGCUGCUGCAGACUUGGAAAGGAUUCACUUCAACUCUUUCAUCAUAAGCAUGAUAUUAGAUAGACUUCCAAAUAACUGAUAAUAAUGAAUAAAAACAAUGUCCUUCAGUUCACCAGUGAUUUCAGAGUUCUAAUAAACUGCUCUUUGAACUGGCUGUUAGAUACUAAGAUGAGAUCUGCUGUGUCAUGGUACAGUAGAAUCAAUAUCACAAUCUCAAAUCUUUAGACAAAUCAGAACUGUGCUGUACUGGGAAUACUGUCCCUCGAUCCGGAUCCAAAUGUGAAUAAAUGCACAGAUGAGUUGAAUUUUUAGAGGCGGGGGUUUGUGAGGCGAGAGGCGGAGUUUCAUCCUGUCAGGAAUCUGUUUGGAAUCUGAGAAAACAUGAGUCAUCGGAUUCAAGCUGCUUUACAAAGAUCAGCCGUAAACAUAUGCAUAUUCGUGAUUCGUGCCUUUUGUUGUCAACAGUAGACGCACCAACACUGGAUUGUAAGACAGACGCUAUAGUUUGUCUUUAAACAUAGAAAGAUUCACAUUGCACAUAUUUGAUUUGGUUUUCAUCUGUUGGAGAUCUUUCGAUGAUAUUCUGUGGUUCCCUCAGGUAUCCGUGUAGCUCACUGAAGAUAUCAGACUGGUUUAUAGUGAUAGACAUAACUAUUAACAGAGCACUCAUCAUACCUGAGUAGUAUUAUUUAUUGCCUUAGUCUUGUGUGAGUGUAAAAUAUGACUGAGUAAGCUUGGCACUAUUUUAAUCUUAGCAUGGACGACACAAUUAGAUGUCAUAUUUAUCUGUUCUCUGCCCAUAUUCAGGGAAGUACAAGUGUUCGAGUAGGCGCUCUCAGAUAGUAAGCAAAUUCGUCGUCGUCAUCAUCAUCAUCAUCAUCAUCAUCAUCAUCCGAUCUCUACAAUCACAUCACUGCAGAUCACAUCAGCUCCAUGAUGUGUCCAGAAAUGCUUUGCAGUUAACACCUGUACGUCCUCACUGUGUCUCAAGACUGAUGUAACCAUGCAGAGAAGUUCCACACAACUCAAACCAGCCUUCAACCUCAUUACAUGACAAAGCUUGUACAGCUGUUUGACUGGAUGGAGUUUGGUACUGUCCAGUGUGUCAGAGUUAAAGACUGAUGUUACUGCUGCUUCUCAUACGGGACCAUCAUCAAAUAUGCAUUUAUUCUUCAGUUUUUAUUGGUCAGUUUAUUCUUUUUAAAUGUUGUUGCAUGCUGUCUGUAUACAGUCUUUGCAUUGUUGUGUGUUCAGCUGAAUGAAUUGGAAAUGUACCAACUCAACAAUGUCUGUUUUUAUUGAAAUGAACACCCACUACACCAAGAAAACUGUUGAGGAAGUUAAUAGUUCAAGGAAUUGUUGAGCUUACCAUCUUUGUCCAGAACUAGUGCUGGUUUCCUUGAGAGCUCAGCAGGGCUGGAUUAGUACUCCCAAGGCCCCUGGGCACUGACACUCAUGCUCAUUCCACUAGUUGAUCAUUUUUCCCACAAACCUAACCACCGCACAUUGUGGCCUGCUAAACAAUCAUCAAUUAAAUCAAUUAUCAAUCAAUCCAUUUUUAUGUAUAUAGCGCCAAAUCACAACAAAAGUCAUCUUAAGGUACAAUCAUCACUUGCCCAGCUAUCAAAUUGACAAAUCAAACAGUUCAUCAUGUUACUUAUUUUACUGGAAACAGCUUUUAUUUUAUUCGGAUUGGAUGUCGCUGCUGUCGGGUAGAAAACCUUGUAACUCCAUGUAUUGUUUUGGACAUACUAGGUUUCCAACAGCAACGAUAACUAUCAGCAUCAAAAGAAUAGCUCAAACUUUGUGUCACACAUCUGACAGCUCACACACAGGACCUGCAACUGGUUUGAAUGUGCUGCUGCAUUAUAACACACACACAUACUGUACACACACACACUCCAGCCAUGACUGCCUCUACGCCCUCCCCCCCACUCCCAGCCAGACAAUUCAUAGAAAUCAUAUUUGGUCCAGACUCUAGAGGAAGAUGAACAAAACAAGUCAAGGUCCACUAAAUAAAAUAAUAUUUAAUAAAAAGCUUUUUUCCCAGACAGUAUUCAGUUCAUCAGUGGAUGGAGUUUGCUCAGACAGACAUUCUAUAAGAAAAAGUGAUAAUCAGACAUGAGAGAAAUCUCCUCCAUCUGCUGAAGAAUCCUGUGAGAGGUGGUUAAAAGCUCUGAAAACACUAGUGAGAUAAGACUGUUUUUGUCCAUCCCAUUUCUGGAAUCUGAUUUCUGAUUAUACCCACUGUUUCUACACCAUCAUCAUACCACUCAGAGGAACUAUUAUAGUAAUCAUAAUGACAUGAGUUGAAGCUGCAGUUCUGCACCUCGCUGUACAGCUGCACCAUUUUUCUCCACACAGCCUUACCAUAGACUGUAACAGUCCAUACAUACAUACAUUACAUAGAUCUUCUUUUAAGAGUGCUGCAUUCUGAGUAGAAUGUUGGCAGUAGUUGAUGUGACACACAGGGAGCUGCUUGUGCUCCAGAGAAGAAGACAGAAGGCUGGAUAAAUAUACUGCUUUUUUUUAUUUAUUAGAGUCCUGCACAUAUUGAAGAAGGUUGAGGAGUCAGAGGGAGUUCAAACAGCAGACAGGGUGUGAUGGAAAAUGGAAAAAAGUUUUUAUGUUACAUAUUGGGGGAAAAAACAUUGAAUUGGUACCACAAUUUUCAAAAACAGGUUCAGGUUAAAUAUUCAAAAUAUGUAAUUUAUUUAUUGUCAUUUCUUACAGUGUGAUGUAGAGGGACAACAUGUAAAACAUUUCUGGACAAAGUCUGAUUUCAUCACAUACAAAAACCACCAAUGAUCCAUUUAUCAUUCAUCACUGAUCUGUUUUAAUGUCUUUUGUGAAUUUUGUUCAGUGUCCUAAUGUUGACGCAAGCAGAAAAAAUCUCUACAUCAUCCCAUUCAUAAAACAUGACACAUUUAUUCUGACACUUGAUAUAAAAAAUAUGUACUAAAGAAUUUCAUUUGGCUAGAGUAUUGUUUUUGUUUUUUUAAAAUCUUGUAGUUAUUUUAUUGUAAAUAUGUGCUGCUCUUGUAAUGUGGACUGUAUAUUCAAAUAAAAUAAACAUGACA